AUGAGACGAAGCGUGACCUACUCCACCUCGUCCGACCUCGUGCCCCGGUCGACCCACCGCCCCAGCCUCAGCGUGCACCACAUGCGCGUGGGAGACAAGACGGCGGACACAGAGACCGAGCCGCGCUUGGGCGUCAUCGCCCGCCUAAUGGUCAAAUUCACAAAGCCGUUCAAGAAGGGCACAGACACCCAGCAUACAGAGGAGGAGCCGGUCGACAGGACCCCGGAAGUGGUGGAGUCCAUAUCGGCGGUUGCCAUAUCCCCACCGUCGUCGCCUCCGAUACGCAAGCUUAUGAUCGAUGCGCCGUACACAUUAGCGGACCAUCCUUUCGUCAAGCAGCACCCAUAUCCGAUCAAGAUCCGCGACCCGCGACCCAGCACCUCGAGCAGUAUCCGGAUACAGGGAUGA